CACCCUCUUCUUGACUUUUUCUCCUCCUCAGACAUAAAUUGUGAUUUCCCAACUGACUGAUUUUACUUUAGGUGUUUUCUCAACGAAAUAUAUUCCUUGUGUUUCUGUGAAAAUAUCUAAUUUUGCUGUGCAUAAAAUCCCAGCGUGAAAAUCCAAAUUGAUUUUUCAAAAUUUCCACCUGAGAACUUCAGCGCGGUGACCUUAUUUUUCUCUACAGACGGAAAAAUAGCAAGAAAUCAAGAUUUUGGCGCUAAGGAUCCCAAUGAUGAUUUACGAUCUCUUCCUGUACUUCAUGGACCUUCCGCGGUGGCACUUUUUCGCCUUCUUCUCCGUCGGCUACUUGUGCUACUACUUCUGGGAGGUUGUUAAGCGUCCGAUCUUGGCGGUGUCUGAGGGACCCUUCAAGCAGUUUCUGCUGAAGAAUGUGCCUACGCUGGAGAUGAAGUUCUGGCCGACUUUCUGGUGUGUGGAGAGUCGCGCCCAGACGGUUUUUGCCUCAAUUCUGCGCUCUCAGAUCAUUCCGCGCAUCGAUUAUCGCCGCGAAGUGCUGACGCUGAAGGAUGGCGGCGAAGUGGCGCUGGAUUGGAUGGAGGACGGCUGUGAGCAGGACGCGCCGCUCAUUCUCAUCCUGCCCGGACUCACGGGAGAGUCCCAGGCGGAGUACAUCAAGUGCCUGGUCAUGGCGGCCAAUCUCAUAGGCGUCAGAACGGUGGUGUUCAACAAUCGCGGCCUCGGAGGAGUUUCUCUCAAAACGCCCAGGCUGUACUGCGCCGCGAACUGCGAGGACCUUUCCGAGGUGGUGAAUCACGUGAAGAAGCUCAAUCCGACUGUGAAUCUGGGAGCAACGGGAAUAUCGAUGGGCGGCCUCAUUCUGGGCAAUUACUUGGCUCUGCAUUCCGACGAGGCUUGUCGCUUGAUCACAGCAGCCAAGAUCAUUUCGGUUCCCUGGGAUGUUCACAAGGGCACGGCCAGCAUCGAGAAGCCCUACUUAAACAGCAUGCUAGGCCGCCAUCUGGCCAACAGCCUGUGCGCCACUGUGAGCAAGUACGACAUGUUCCAGGACGGCAAGGUGGACAUGACGAAGGUGUUGCAGAGCAAGACGAUUAAGGAGUUCGAUGCGAAUUUCACAUCGAAGCAGUUUGGCUUUAAGGACGUGGACAGUUACUAUCAAGCGGCGACGCUGCACAACAAGUUGCACAGGAUCAAAGUGCCUUUGCUCUGCCUCUCGGCGGCUGACGAUCCCUUCCAGCCGCUGGACGCCAUUCCCAUCAAGGCGGCGGAGAAGUCCUCGCACGUGGCGAUCGUGGUCACGGCGCGCGGCGGCCACAUUGGCUUCCUCGAGGGCUGGUGGCCGUCGUCCAAGGAUCAGUACAUGGGCAGGCUCUUCAGUCAGUUCUUCGCGGCGGCUCUCUUUGACACGACCAAGGAAUUCGAGAAGACCGCGCAAUCCAUGAUGAUUGGCGUGGAGUGCGGCGCAUCCAAGAGUGAUUAGACGGCGCGCGUUAGUGUGUUACGAUAAAUGGUGCAAUUUUGGCUUCUUGUAGAGACGCAGUUUGCUCGGAUUGCGCGCGUGCGGAAAUGCAAAUCUUGCCACACACUAGAGAGUCUCUUUUUUAGCAUAUUAAAAGUGAAUGGUGGAAAAGGAAGAAUAAAAACACGGAAGAGAACAAUUCAAAAUGGGGCGGGAAAAAAAGAA